UAACCAUAUCCUUUACAUUGACAUUCUUCUCUACAACCACCACGACUGCCACUGCCCCUAACCUUCCGCCACCGUGAACCUCCGCCCAGCUCAGUGGAGCUCCACCGCGUUGACAUCGGAACGAUAUAUAUAUAUAUGGGAUGGAGGCUAACAAUAUUAUUGCUCCGUUCGUGAUGAAAACUUAUCAAAUGGUGAAUGAUCCGAAGAUUGAUGGACUUAUAGCCUGGGGAACAGCUAAUAACAGUUUCAUAGUUGUUGAACCUUUGGAUUUUUCUCAACGAAUUUUGCCUGUUUACUUUAAGCACAACAAUUUCUCCAGCUUUGUUCGUCAGCUCAAUACUUAUGGAUUCAGAAAAGUGGAUCCAGAUAAGUGGGAAUUUGCAAAUGAAUGGUUUCUGAGAGGGCAAACGCAUUUGUUGAAGAACAUAGUGAGGAAAAAGCACAGUAGAAAUUCGUGUUCUCAGAAGCAGGAUGAGAGUGAAGAUGAAGAAAUUUUGACUGAAAUUUCUAGAUUAAAGCAGGAACAAAAAGCAUUAGAGCAUGAAGUUGAGAAUAUGACUAGAAGAUUAGAAGCUACAGAGAAAAGGCCACAGCAAAUGAUGGCUUUUUUGUGUAAAGUUGUUGAUGAUCCUGAGAUUCUGCCCAGAAUUUUAAUGGAGAAAGAGAGAUCUAAAAGGCUAAGUUUAACAAAUCGUGAGAAGAAACGGAGACUUGUGAUUUCGAAUUCAACGAGUUGUUCCUCAGUGAAGAGUGAAGAUGCACUAGGGGCAACAUCGUCAUUUCACUCACCCGACGCAAAUUUCGAUAAGGAUGCGAUCUGUCAGUCCUCACCGUCGUCGGGAACUCCGCCGCCGCCGACGGCCUGGCUAGGUAGUCGGCCGAUGAUAACUUAUGAGCCAGGUACGAUACAGUCGAUUCGAUCUCCUGACGCGAAUUUCGAUAAGGAUACGUUCUAUCAAUCCUCGCCGUCGUCGGAAACUCCGUCCACGGCGUGGAUGAACCAACAAAAAGUCAUCAUCGGUGGCCGGCCGAUGAUGAUGAUUAAUGAAGCCUACGGAAGUUGUCCUACUAUGUCUAGUACAUUGUCAACUGGCUCAUCGGAGAGCGGCGGUUUCACCGCUCCACCGAUGGAUAACUUUUACGGCUACGACUACGGCGGCGGCGGACGUGGUGGUGGAGGAGGUACUCCAGCGACGGAGGAAGCUAGUACACCGCCUUAUCCAUUUUCAUUAUUCGGUGGUGGAUUUUAGUUUAGUAUAAAAAAAAUGAUUUAUAAUUAUGUGAGCUAUAUUCGAUUAUAGCUUUUGUAAUUAUUUUAAUUCAUUUUUUUUUAUAAUUUUUCCUUUUAAUUAUGCAAAUAUUCUACAAAUAUGUAAUCUAAAAAAAAGUGAAACCUCCCAAGUUAACAAUUAACUAUAGGACUAAUAAAAAUUAGCUAGGGAAUACUGUUUCAUUUUUUUUUUGUAGCUUUGCUUAAUAAUUUUGCUAACUUUGGCAUAAUUAUGUGUGAAGUUUUUCUUUUUUUAAUUAUCCUUGUUGUUAUUGUUUUUUUUUUCUUUCGAAACAUUAUGUACGGUUUAUUUCUUGAUUAACAUGUCUUUUUUUUUCGAGUUUUAA